AUGAAGUGUCAUCUAGGCUUCUGGGCUAUUCUGCUGAGGUUGGCCAAGAAGUACCCGCUCAAACGGCACUGUUUGCACGUAGUGUCCUACAACCAGAUGCCACAAGAGCGCAAUGACUACUUCAAAAACAACGAAGACCCGAGUUUCCCAUCGGCUGAAUACCCGUAUGGAAUAAUGGACGAUCGUAAGGACAACUCUAAUAUCAUCGCGUGGUGCCAAGCGAUCUUACUACAUCUUUAG